AUGCUGAAGGACGACAUGACGCUGGCCAAACUGGACCUUUUGUACCGGGAGGCUUAUGGCGGGGCGCCGUUGCCGGCAUGGGUAGCUGAAAACGUGCUUCUCGUCAGAAAGGCGAAGCGCAGACUCCGUCAGCAGGAAGCGGCAGCGCCCACACCAGAGCCAAAGGACAGCCAAGAGGAGGCAGUCGAGAAGCCAGUGCCUGCUGUGAAGGAGGACAGCCAAGAGGAGGCAGUCGAGAAGCCAGUGCCUGCUGUGAAGGAGGACAGCCAAGAGGAGGCAGUCGAGAAGCCAGUGCCUGCUCUGAAGGAGGACAGCCAAGAGGAGGCAGUCGAGAAGCCAGUGCCUGCUGUGAAGGAGGACAGCCAAGAGGAGGCAGUGGAGAAGCCAGUGCCUGCUGUGAAGGAGGCCCUUCCCAUGGUUCUGAUCUGGCCGGAUCGCCUCGUCCCAGGAAAAGCGGUGGCCAACUCCUGGGAGACGAGCGUCCGGAGCCAGAAAGAGACGGCGGACAUUACGAAUCUGAAGAUCAACGACAAAGAGCGGCCCGGCGGUUAUCAGCCGUAA